UGACGAGGGGACCCAAGAAUGCAGUGACGAGUGGACCCAAGAAUGCAGUGACGAGGGGACCCAAGAAUGCAGUGACGAGGGGACCCAAGAAUGCAGUGACAAGUGGACCCAAGAAUGCAGUGACGAGGGGACCCAAGAAUGCAGUGACAAGUGGACCCAAGAAUGCAGUGACGAGGAGACCCAAGAAUGCAGUGACGAGUGGACCCAAUAAUGCAGUGACGAGGGGACCCAAGAAGGCAGUGACAAGUGGACCCAAGAAUGCAGUGACGAGGGGACCCAAGAAUGCAGUGACGAGGGGACCCAAGAAGGCAGUGACAAGUGGACCCAAGAAUGCAGUGACGAGGGGACCCAAGAAUGCAGUGACGAGGGGACCCAAGAAUGCAGUGACGAUGGGACCCAAGAAUGCAGUGACGAGGGGACCCAAGAAUGCAGUGACAAGGGGACCCAAGAAUGCAGUGACGAAUGGACCAAAGAAUGCAGUGACGAGGGGACCCAAGAAUACAGUGACGAGGGUACCCAAGAAUACAGUGACGAGGGGACCCAAGAAUACAGUGACGAGGGGACCCAAGAAUGCAGUGACAAGUGGACCCAAGAAUGCAGUGACGAGGGGACCCAAGAAUGCAGUGACGAGGGGACCCAAGAAUGCAGUGACGAAUGGACCCAAGAAUGCAGUGACGAAUGGACCCAAGAAUGCAGUGACGAGGGGACCCAAGAAUGCAGUGACGAGGGUACCCAAGAAUACAGUGACGAGGGGACCCAAGAAUACAGUGACGAAUGGACCCAAGAAUGCAGUGACAAGUGGACCGAAGAAUGCAGUGACGAAUGGACCCAAGAAUACAGUGACGAGGGGACCCAAGAAUGCAGUGACGAGGGGACCCAAGAAUGCAGUGACGAAUGGACCCAAGAAUGCAGUGACGAGGGGACCCAAGAAUGCAGUGACGAGGGGACCCAAGAAUGCAGUGACGAUGGGACCCAAGAAUGCAGUGACGAAUGGACCCAAGAAUGCAGUGACGAGGGGACCCAAGAAUGCAGUGACGAGGGGACCCAAGAAUGCAGUGACGAAUGGACCCAAGAAUGCAGUGACGAGGGGACCCAAGAAUGCAGUGGCCCUACCGUCGCCCAGUCUAGGUGGUCCUACCGUCGCCCCGUCUAUAGUUGGUCCUACCGUCGCCCUGUCUAUAGUUGGCCCUACCGUCGCCUUGUCUAUAGUUGGCCCUACCGUCGCCCUGUCUAUAGCUGGUCCUACCGUCGCCCCGUCUAUAGUUGGCCCUACCGUCGCCCCGUCUAUAGUUGGCCCUACCGUCGCCCUGUCUAUAGUUGGCCCUACCGUCGCCCCGUCUAUAGCUGGUCCUACCGUCGCCCUGUCUAUAGCUGGUCCUACCGUCGCCCCGUCUAUAGUUGGCCCUACCGUCGCCCUGUCUAUGGUUGGUCCUACCGUCGUUCUGUCUAUGGUUGGUCCUACCGUCGCCCCGUCUAUAGUUGGCCCUACCGUCGCCCUGUCUAUAGUUGGCCCUACCGUCGCCCUGUCUAUAGUUGGCCCUACCGUCGCCCCGUCUAUAGUUGGCUCUACCGUCGCCCCGUCUAUAGCUGGUCCUAUCGUCGCCCUGUCUAUAGCUGGUCCUACCGUCGCCCCGUCUAUAGUUGGCCCUACCGUCGCCCUGUCUAUGGUUGGUCCUACCGUCGUUCUGUCUAUGGUUGGUCCUACCGUCGCCCCGUCUAUAGUUGGUCCUACCGUCGCCCUGUCUAUAGUUGGCCCUACCGUCGCCCCGUCUAUAGUUGGCCCUACCGUCGCCCUGUCUAUAGUUGGCCCUACCGUCGCCUUGUCUAUAGUUGGCCCUACCGUCGCCCUGUCUAUAGCUGGUCCUACCGUCGCCCUGUCUAUAGCUGGCCCUACCGUCGCCCCGUCUAUAGUGAGCAGGGCGACGGUCUCAUAUCGUCUACUCCUGUGUUUCAAUCUCCAGUGA